CACAACACGGAACAAGUCCUUAAUCGCAUCGCCCUAAUCCACACCAAACCAAACCAUAUCCCGCCAUGCCGAUGCCUUCUUCCAGCUUGACCACCACCGACAAGUUCUUGAUCCAGGCUAUCUCAGGAACGAUGUUUGCGAUCUCGAGUUUUUGGCACGGUCACAGAAGGAUCCGCUCGGUAGGGAUAUCCAAUAUUCCGUUGGGCUUUGCCUUGUUUUGCAAGUAUGCCCGUCCCUUUGCCUCGACAGAAGCACGAGCGAAGGCACUUGACGAACGCAAAAAGUACGACAAGGAGGAAGCCAUGCGAAAAGAAUUGUCACUGGAUGGAAGCGCUAAAGGUGGCGAUCCCCUCGAUGACCCGGCUUUCGCACGUGUCUGUCUGUUGUGGUCGGUGGCACAGCUCCUUUGCGGGGUGAGUGGCAUCUUCGAUUGGUACACUGAUGUUAUCAUCAAGGGCGCCGUGGUAUUCCAUAUUUUGAUGACAGUCCAAGACUCGAUCGAGACCCGCCAAAUCGAGCUGCACAAGGAAGAACUCCAAAGGAAACGAGCGGAGAAACUCGAGCUCCAGUCCGCACAAUUCUGGAAAUUCCUUCUGCCGAAGCCCCUUUGGAGAUGGCUGGGAUAUGAACGGAUUGUAAUGAGGGCUACAACUCCGUCAAAGCCAUCAACCAAAACAUCGGAUACAGCAAAGAAGGAGCCAGCGAGUAAUGAGGAUCUCCGUGAAAAGGUACAUACGGCCAAAAAGAUCAUCCGUGGAAAACGUGAAACGGCGGUAGAUGAUUUGAUCUGGGGCGCCAUCCAGAUUGCCUACGUCGCAUUCGACGUGACGCACAAACAAGCGAUGGGAACGGCAUUCGCGGUGUAUUUGUGCACCUUUUUCGAAGAUGUGUUGGAUAUAUCAACUCUUGAGAAAGAUGGCAAACAACAGCACAAGACGAAGAAGAAAAUCAAAUGGUUCAAAAUUAUGUGGGUUUCUUUGUGUCUCUACUACACUGGCAAGCUGUUCUUUUCGUGAAUCAGAAGAGUAGGUUUCAAUAUAUCGCACAGCAUCAA